UCCAUUUCUAGGCCGAAGUAAUCAGCAAGGCCACCGCUUCCGUGCCGUCGCCUAUCAAAAACCUAGCCGACGCGAACCGCACCGUGAACAUCCAGCAACUCUUAUCGGCCAUUGGAUACGAAUUUCUGCGCACGCCGGCCACUCAACUUACGGAUGGCGGACGUGACCUGUUAAUGAAGCAGCUCGGUUUCCAGCUCAUUAACCCCACCGAAAAGUGGUUCCCCGGUAUCGGUGAACUGCGCGCGAACUUUGCCUCGUGGGAUUGGCGCAUCGGCAAGACACCCAAGUUCUCCGUCCAGAAGAGCAUUCAGCUCAAAUCGGAAGGAGACGAGCAGUCCCAACCGCAACAGGAGAUGAAGGUCAAGGUAGAUGUGGAGAAGGGUCUUAUCCAAGAUAUCAGCCUCCUCGUACCGGGCCAGGAACCAAUUCCGGUUGUAUCAAAUCUGGUGGGUCAGCCGUACAUGGAGGACAGCUUCAAUGGAAUCCUGGACGCCAUGAAAGGUGCAAACACUGAGAACCUGAAACACGCAAUGGGUUUGUGAAAUAUGGGCAAACCUCGUCCCACUGACGAAUGAAAGCUACGUUUGCCUAUUAUUGUGCAGUCCAGUCGAGUUUGCGUUUUGAACCCCAAGUGUACGUUAGCAAGUGCAAUGAUUCAUCGAAUUCCGUAUUUCUUCAAACGAAGCAACAAACAACUCAGGAUAAAGGAGCCGGCUGGCCUGGUUGGUCAUUCAGAACGUGCUUACAAUUGUUUAUCGAAAAUGGCCUUCGAGGGGUUAAAGAGUGCGGCCAUUUGAAAUGUAGAUUAGGCUGGUUGCACCGCAAACAUCGAGGGGCGCGGACGUUAAAUUUUCAUUCGUGUUACCAGGCACACGACCGUUCUUCACAUCGGAACCGAUUUCUUGUGUUUAGUUCCAUUUUUAAAACUCGACUUCCUCAGUUUUCGUUCGAUCGUCCGUGACCGGCAAUAAUCAACGUGCUAAUCAUUUUCAUGUUUCUUAAAACUGGAACCAAAUUUAUGCAAAGUUUAUGAGUUCUCUUUUAGGUGCGAAAAUUAAAAGCAAUCGAUAUAAAAGACUGAUGACAAAAUUAUUUUAAAUUUGUUUGACCUGAACCCUCGCGCAAGUAGAGGAAGCAACAUGUUAAGAAAGAGCUAAUUUGAAUAAUCAAAAACAUGUUUAGAUGCUCUGUACAUCACAAACUAUUAAAUUAUGGGCUAACAAAAAAAAAAAAACAAAUUUGAUUGUGAUAGUUCUACUACAGAAUUAGAAAAACUGAAAAAUAGGAAGAGCAUAAAAUCUAUAUUCAUUUAUUUCGCAUUACGAAACGAUCAAAAUCGAACCAUUGUAUAAUAUUCGUAAAGCAAUAAUAUCUAAGGAAUUACUUCUGCUAAAUUGAUUGAAACAAGUUGGGAAUCAUCACCUUUUCAACUCUACUUAGUUUUUAAUUUUAUUUGCUUUAUUUUUUUUUUAAUUUCUAGUGACAGUGGGAUGUGUAUUUCGUUCGUUUUAUAUUUAGACUGGAUAACUAACCACUACUACUUAGCCGCCAGUGCUGUUGUCGAACACGUGUUACUGCUAAGUUUCAGUUUUCCGUUUCUUCCAAAACGGCAAAAAGGAAAUGUUUAUCAAGAAUACAAACCAUAUCAUUUUAUUUUCUAAGGUUGGGUUUCAACGAUGAACGCUUGAGUUUGGAAUUUUGUUUAGUUAGUGCUAACCGUCAAAUUAGAACUAUAAUUUAGUUGUUUCUUAUUGAUUGAGCUUCUGAUUUCUGUACUAAUUUUUAAAAUGUUGAAUGCUGAAUCUGACUAAGUUAUUCUUAAUUCAGUCAAAUGAACCCGAAAUAGUCGCUUACCGGAGUUGAUUUUAGCUUCCGAUUUGCAUGUAAUCAUCAUGCAAAAAUCUAUUUCGAUAAUCUACAGAUUAGGUUUUCAAGUGAAUUAAGAACACAACGUAAUCAAAAUGCGUAAAGGAACAUCACUCAUCAUGUUCCAAUGAAAGUUAUCUAAAGAGAAUUUAUUUUUAUUUUACAAUGAAUAGACACUAAUGCCUACUAACAAUAAUACAAUUGAAUGGUAGCAACCGACAAUAUUGUACCUUGUGCAAUUAGAGUUAUAAGGAAUGAAUUAAAAAAAUAAAAAUAAAUUGAUAAAAAAAUAUUAUACUGA